ACUUGGUCAAGUCUCUUCAUCUGCUUCUGCAAUCACACAGCCGAAUGUUUACAUCCCAGCGCCAGAGAACAAUAAUCGAAAUGGCUACAGGCCAGCGACUUCCAUUCGUCUGCCUCCCCGAACCCUACAAAACCCGCUAUCAAUUGAAGACCAUAUCUCAAAAUGGCUCCCAACGAAAUUUCAAGCUUGUCCUCGCCGAGCAGCAGAAUGAAGGACUCUCUCCUCCCCAACCACUUGAUCACAAAUCCCUGACCUUCACCGAGCCUAUCUCCAUUGACCGUUCAAAUACCCUCGCGGACUCAGACAACACGUCAUGGGCAAUCGCUCAAAGAGCGCCUACGGUUUGCCUUUCAUGGCAGUCGAAUCUUGCACCCACAGUGGGGCAGAUAUGGAUUGUCAUCUACGCCAUUGUUUCGUUGAGAAUGGAGUCUGAGCUUUUCACGGUCAGCCUUGCUGGUAAUGGAAAGGAGUCUCUCAUCCGGGAGCUGCAAGCUGUCGGUCUGGCGAGAGCCCAUCCUGUUCCAUCUAGCUCUCCUCGUCGGCGAGGUCAUCCUGCUCUUGAGGCUUUCAACUGCUCGGACUACCCACUCGUGGUUUCGCAAGCAGCUUUCUGGCAAGGCGCAGGGUCACCCUUCGGGCCUCGACCAGCUUGGGUGGCCAGUCCAUCACUUCACGAUUUUUCCCGGCGGGUGGUUGGCGAAUACCCUCUUCCACCGUUGGAGUACACUCUCACGACAAAACUCACAGAGCCACAGGUACAUACCCAUCAUCCCGUGCGGCCGGCGAAGCCCAGUCGGGGUGCGCUGAUUUACAGUCGAUAUAUCCCGCACUUGGAUGAGUUUUUCUCCAUGGUUCUGCUUGAUUACACAAACCCAGAGCAUCUCCAGUUGUUUCAUCAGUGGCAGAAUGACCCCCGGGUUGCCAAGGGGUGGAAUGAAACAGGAACUCUGGACCAGCAUAGAGAGUAUCUCCGGAGGAUUGAUGAGGAUCCUCAUCAAAUAGCCGUGCUAGCGAGGUUUAACGAUACCUUCUUUGCGUAUUUCGAAGUUUACUGGGCCAAGGAGGACCACCUCGGUGCGUACUAUGACGCUGGAGAUUUUGACCGCGGCCGGCACUCACUUGUCGGCGACGCGCGUUUCAGAGGCGCUCACCGCGUCAUGGCUUGGUGGUCAAGCUUGGUCCACUAUAUCUUCCUGGAUGAUCCGAGGACCCAAUGUGUUGUCGGAGAACCCAAAUACGUAAAUGCGACGGUACUGGCAUAUGACUUUGCGCACGGAUUUAAUGUUGAAAAGCUGAUCGACUUGCCCCAUAAACGAUCUGCAUUUGUGCGGUGUUCUCGGGACAAAUUCUUCCAGCUUUCGCCGUUCCGCUUUGACGAGGGCCUGAGUCUGAGUGGAGGGAAGAUCAAAAGCAAUCCGGAUCGGAUAUUGAAAUUGUAAAGUGUGUAUUUAAUCUAGGAAUAGUAUAGAAGUGUUACCCGAUACGGGAAGCCCGAACUCGCCGUUCAAGGAUCAAU